AUCAAAACACGAGGCGUCUCCCGCAGGACUGGUCACUCGGCACGCAGGCAGAGGCAGCACAGCAGCAGCCAGCUCCAUCCAUCCUCUUUCCCCUCCUCGCUUCGCUUCCUCGGCGGAUUCCUCCUCCCUCGGCCGUCCCCGUCCCCUUUUUCGGCGCGCGAGCUCGCCCGAGAUGGCAAACGCGAGAUCGGGUGUCGCUGUGAAUGACGAGUGCAUGCUCAAGUUCGGCGAGCUGCAGUCGAAGAGGCUGCACCGCUUCCUAACUUUCAAGAUGGACGACAAGUUCAAGGAGAUCGUUGUGGACCAGGUCGGGGAUCGCGCUACCAGCUACGAGGACUUCACAAACAGCCUCCCCGAGAAUGACUGCCGAUACGCGAUCUAUGAUUUCGACUUUGUCACUGCAGAAGAUGUCCAGAAGAGCAGGAUCUUCUAUAUCCUAUGGUCCCCAUCCUCCGCCAAGGUGAAGAGCAAGAUGCUUUAUGCAAGCUCAAACCAAAAAUUCAAGAGUGGGCUCAAUGGCAUUCAGGUGGAACUGCAGGCUACUGAUGCAAGUGAAAUCAGCCUUGAUGAGAUCAAGGAUCGGGCUCGCUAGGCAUCAUGAUCAUGCAUCAUGGACUCGGCCUACUACUGUGGAUUUGUAUGCCAUUAUAGACUUGGUGCUGUGAAAGACUGCUUGAUGAUUUGCGGGUUUGUUGCUGUGUAAAAAAAGGUCCCAUGGCUCCCAGAAGACCAUGAAGGUUCGGAUCUAUCAUGUAAUUCCUUGUUAUCUGCCAAUUAUGUAUGGACUAUGGACAUGUGUUGCGCUGUUCAACUUACUACUACAAAUAAGUAA